AGCUAUGUUGAAACUGGUACAUAGGUACAGAAUUGCAACGAUUUUAUUUAAUCUUUAAAAUUAGUGACUUAGAACAAAAAUGUUACUUAAUUCAGGAAAUAGUACACUCAAUUCAACAUUUAGUAUCACUUUAAAAGCAAUUUUGAUGUAAAUGAAUUUGGGUAUGUUUGAGAAAUAUGAAUAGAAAAUGACCAGUAGCGAUUGUGAAACAAACAAACAAAUUGGUUUAGCAUUCCUGUAGCUUUCUUCGUUAUCUUAAUUUUGAAUUUAUUGCUCUAUUGAGAUCAUAAUUUUCAAAUGUGGAACUGGACCUUCAACAUGGAAUGAACAAUGUCUUCAGUCCACUGCGUUGUAGUAUGGGAGUGGCAGUCAAAUGGUCAAUGGUUACCACACACGCCAAGUGUUACAAGGACCCUAGAAAGGGCUCAUGCUAAGAAGUUAACCAGGGUGGUAUUGGCUGAUGCUGAUCCAGCAUUGAAGGGAUAUUAUGUUAACUUGCUGACCCUGACACAGAGUAAUGAGACGCCUGAUGGUGGAAUAUUAGAGUGUGGUGUGCGUAGAUCAUGCUACAGUGUGCAGUCCGUAGCCGGACGGGGCUGGUGCUGGGAAUGGGCUCGGUUUAUGCCUCCUCCUGGCGCUGGAGAGCUACUCUAUGAGCCUCUGCCGCUUGAUAAACAAUGCCAUCUAGAAGAGUCUUGGUCUCGGGGGAUAGAAGUCGUAACAUUGGACAAUUGGGUGGUGUCGCUCUCCUGCAUGACGGGGCGGAGCGGGGCGGCGGUGAGGCUGCUCCGGCGCGCGCCCCACCCCCCCUACCCGCUCACCCUCACCCCGCAGCCGCCCCCGCCGCCCAACCUGCAGAGACAGCUUGACGUUCGCAAAAGUCGCAUCCCGCAGCAGCACACGGGGGCCAGCUGCCACUCCGCCCACUCCGCGCCGCCCGCCCUCCCCGCGCCCCCCGCCCCGCCCCGGAGUGCGUCGCCGAAGGACAGGAAGCCGGGCAUAGCGAGGCAGAUAUUGCACAACUUGAAUAUAUUUAGCAACAACAACAAGAGUCCGGGGGGCGGCGCGCGCGACUCGGAGUGCACCAGCACGGGCUCCGGCGGCGGCAGGAGGCACAGCGUGGACACCGUGUCCACCUACCUCAGCCACGAGAGCAAGGACAGUUUGCAGCAGGCGGCCGUGGGCGAGCUGCUCAACUGCAGCGGCGGCAGCGACGACGUGUUCGAGUCCCCGGCGCCCUCCGCCGACGAACUCGACCUCUCCGACGAGACUGUCGACGAGUCGUGGUGGGCGGCGGUGCGCGAGUGGACGCGGCGCGGCGCCCCCCGCGGCCCGUGCGCGCUGUGUGACGUCACGGUGCAGGGCGGGCGCGCGCUGGCUCGCUGCGGGCACGCGCUGCACGCCGCCUGCCUCGCGCGCCGUCUGCGGGCCCUGGCGCGGGCCGGGGAACCUCUGCACGUGGAGUGCGGCGCGUGCGGACACUCGUACGGGGCGCCCGGGCCUCCGCCUCGCGCCGCGCCGCGCCCCCCCCUGUGCAGCGGCGCGCAGCCCCGGGGCAGCAUGUCGUGGCGCCUGCAGCCGGUCUCCCUGCCGCAAUUUGAAUACAGCUCGUCCAUACUCGUCACAUACAACUUCCAAUCCGGCACGCAGGGCGCCGCGCACCCCGCGCCGGGCUCGCCCUACUACGCCGUGGGCUUCCCGCGACAUUCGCUGCUGCCCGACACGCAGCUGGGGCGCCAGGUGGUGGUGUCGCUGCGGCUGGCGUGGGAGCGCGGCCUGCUGUUCGUAGUGCGCACUUCGCGCACGACGGGCCGCGAGCACGUGGUGGCGUGGAGCUGCCCGCCCCCGCCGCCCUCCCGCGCCGCGCACUACCGCCCCCCCGCGCGCCCCGCCGACCUGCUGGCCGACCUGCUGCAGCGCCUGCACCGCCUCGCGCACCCCGCGCACCCCGCGCACCCCGCACACCCCGCACACCACCCUACUGCACCGUAGCAAUACCUCCGGUCUCCGGUUUAUUCUGUGAGCAGACUCGCUGUCCGUGUGCGCGUUGCAUUAAACUGAUGUUGACGUUAUUGUUGUUGAUAAUAAAAUUGAAUAUGAGCAUAUGUCAUGAAACUACAAAGUAAUAUAAGUACGUUACGUAGUCUUCCACAAUUAGCAAUUAUGUGAAAUACUAGGUCUUCCAUUAAAUUUUCUGUAUAUAUUAUCCUAUGUUAAAUUACAUUACAAUCUAUAGAAAUGCUAGGUAUAUUGUUAAUCUAUGUUAAUAUUAUUAUAUUUAAGACAAAUUGGGCUCCAUAUAAAAUGAGAGCUUGUGACCGCACCGCGCACCUCAGGAGUCGAGGAGGAGGGAGGGGGGGGUGUUAAUGUGGAAGAACUAAAUUGUACAGACAAUUAACAGCCAGGCCUGUGUCCGUGUCCCACUAGGACCACCUCGCUCCAGGUGUCACAGGGUCCCAGCAAUGACAGUAGCUCGUGGGUGUUCUUAUCUCCGCUGCUGAUUGAUUGGUCCAAGUCGAUGUUGCCGUCGUAGUGUGUAGUCUUGCCAGUGGGUGCCUUCAAUAAUAAAUAAAAAUACAUUAUUGCCAUAAUCGUCUUCCUAAGUAAAUAUUUAACUAUAUUAUGUAAACUACGAUAAAAAAAUUUUAUUAAACU